AUUGGGGCUUCGAAAUGGUCAGCGCAACUAUCUGUCUCCGCAUUACCAACUUACAUCGACGUUCCCGAAGGCACCUGCAAGGCAUAGGAAUCUGGCCAUCUCGAAAGCUUGGUUAAGAUGCUGUGGCGUGUUCUCCGCGGUGAUGUGGCUCGAAUGUCAAACCGACUGCUUCUUUUCUGCACCUUCCUGCUGCGGUGGCUCCGGGUUAAAUUGUUGGGCUUCACUACAUCCCCCCAACCCUGCCGUGUCUACUCGAUGCACAAGAGCCCAUCCCGUACGAGCCUCUCAUCUACACGCGCGUCCGGGUCUGGAGUAAAGUUCUAUGUCUCCCAUAUCGCCGUGCAACAUAAGCAAUGGGGGCCUGGAUGUCUCUCCACCUCAACGUGUCUCCAACAUGCCACGAUAGGCCGCUAUGCAGGAUGUCAAACUAGGCUUCCGAAGGCUCCGCGGAUGUUUGGACUCAUGUGCGUUUGCAAUAUAGUAUUAGCCACGCGUUCCACCAUGGGCUCUCCGUGGGCCAGUCUAUGCUAUCGCAAGUUCCAAAGAGGUAUCUGCAGGAUGGUGAGGCUCAUGCAAGCUUCUAGAUGAUCAUCAAGUUGAUUGGAGAGCGGGGAAAUACCUUUCACGGCUAAUAGGUAAAUGGAUCGACUCUUAUCUUUCCGUUACUUCGAUAUGAAUUGCCCGUUUUUUUAGGGCACGUCCUGCAGAGAGUCUCUCAUCGGGUUUUGAAGGUUA